GAUGGAUCUGUUUAAUUUUGCUUCUGGUCACCGAUGGCUCUGUUAGUCUGUUUAAUUUUGCUUCGCAUUCGCUCCUUCCUUUUAAUUUUGCCAUUGCCAUGGUUAGUGGUUACUGAUGAGUGAUGAGUGAUGGCUCUGUUUAAUUUUGCUUCUGGUUACUGAUGGGUCUGUUUAAUUUUGCUUCGAUCGGCUCCUUCCUUUUAAUUUUGUUCUGUUUACUGAUGAGUGAUGGCUCUGUUUAAUUUCUGAAUGCUUGGUUCUUCUUGUUCUUUUUAAUUUCUGGAAUUUUUGUUCAAAUUUUUGUGUAAUGUUUUAUAAUGUUGCUGCUUUGUAAUUAUUGGUUGCUGGGUGCAGGUUUAGAGUCAUCACUGUUUUGGAAUGUUUAUGUACUAAUGUUUAUUGCUAUUUUGUCAUUGUUGGUUGCUGGUUGCUAGUUGGAGGUUUAGUGUGAUUAUUGGUUAAUAUUUUGUAAUGUUUGUUGCUGAAUGCUGAUUGUUGAGUUCAGAUAUGGUCUUGUUGCUGAAUGCUGUUUGUGCUGAAUGCUAAAUGUUUGUUGCUGAAUGCUGUUACUAUUUUUAAUUUCGUGAAUAAUUUAUUAAUUUUAUUGUUCUUAACUUCUGUUCUUGUUAAAAAAAUUUGCAAUUGGUGAUCUUUUGAUUUAUUGUAUGUCUCAUGUUUUUAAUUUCACUUUGCUUCUAGGCUUUGAAAUCAGGUUAUGAUAACUGUGAUGCAAUUAUUUAGUUGGAUAACUGAUGUAAUUAUUGAGUUCUAAGAGAUUGAGUUUUUCUAUUCUAUUAUUAGUAAGACAUGGAUAGCUUAGUAUUUUCUAUUUCUUUCCCUUACUUCUGAAGUUCAUUGUUUCAAAGGUUCAGUAUUGGCUUCAACUUUCAAAUAGGAAUUGGGAGCUGGUGAAGAUAAUAACAUCUUCUGGAACUGAGUCUGUUGUUUCACUGCCUGAUAGAAAAGCACGUAGAAGGGGAAACAAAGGUUAAUAAAACAAAAAAAGGAAAGGGAUGGAUACUGGAACCUAUGGAUAUCCCAAACAAGGAGUGAAAAAGAUUGAUCCGUCCUAUGAUGUUCCAGAAGGAGUGGACAUUCGGGGAAGAUAUGAUGAGGAGUUUGCAAAAAUCCUCACAAAGGAUGCUCUGAAGUUUGUUGCUGAGUUGCAACGUGAGUUCAGGAGCCAUAUAAGGUAUGCUCUGGAGUGCAGAAAAGAGGCAAAGAGGAGGUACAAUGAAGGGGCUCUGCCGGGGUUCGAUCCGGCGACGAGGUACAUAAGGGAAGGGGAGUGGGUGUGUGCACCGGUUCCACCGGCUGUGGCUGAUAGGAAGGUAGAGAUCACAGGACCUGUGGAGAGGAAGAUGGUUAUCAAUGCUCUCAACUCUGGAGCUAAAGUCUUUAUGGCUGAUUUUGAAGAUGCACUCUCACCAAGCUGGGAGAAUCUUAUGAGGGGUCAAGUGAACUUGAAGGAUGCAGUGGCUGGGACUAUAACCUUCAACGACAAAGCCAGGAACAAGGUUUACAAGCUCAACGAUCAGACAGCUAAGCUUUUUGUCAGACCAAGAGGUUGGCACCUACCCGAGGCCCAUAUUUUCAUUGAUGGUGAACCAGCAACCGGUUGCCUUGUUGAUUUCGGCCUCUACUUCUACCACAAUCAUGCACCGUUCCGCCAGACUCAGGGUGCAGGCUUUGGCCCUUUCUUCUAUCUUCCAAAAAUGGAGCACUCAAGGGAAGCUAAGAUAUGGAAUAAUGUGUUUGAGAGGGCAGAGAAGAUGGCAGGCAUAGAAAGGGGAAGCAUACGGGCCACUGUUCUGAUUGAAACACUUCCUGCUGUGUUUCAAAUGAACGAAAUUCUGUAUGAGCUGAGGGACCACUCCGUUGGUCUCAACUGUGGCCGUUGGGAUUACAUUUUCAGUUAUGUCAAGACCUUCCAAGCUCACCCGGAUCGGCUGCUCCCGGACAGGGUUCUUGUUGGCAUGACUCAGCACUUCAUGAAGAGCUACUCUGACCUUCUCAUCCGGACGUGUCAUAGGCGUGGCGUGCAUGCUAUGGGAGGCAUGGCAGCUCAAAUUCCAAUUAGAGAUGAUCCAGCUGCUAAUGAGGCAGCACUGGAACUGGUAAGGAAGGACAAACUAAGAGAAGUAAAGGCAGGGCACGACGGAACAUGGGCAGCACACCCCGGUCUGAUACCAGCCUGCGUGGAGGUUUUUAACAACAACAUGGGCAAUGCUCCUAAUCAGAUCAAGGACGCGAAGCGCGAUGAUGCUGCAAGCAUAACUGAAGAAGACCUCUUGCAAAUACCUAGAGGUGUACGUACAAUGGAUGGUCUCCGCUUGAAUACACGUGUCGGUAUUCAGUAUGUGGCGGCAUGGCUCACUGGAUCUGGUUCAGUUCCUCUUUACAACCUCAUGGAAGAUGCUGCCACUGCUGAGAUUAGCAGGGUGCAGAACUGGCAGUGGAUCAAGUAUGGAGUGGAGUUGGAUGGGGAUGGACUCGGAGUAAGAGUGAGCAAGGAGCUCUUCAGCCGAGUGGUUGAGGAAGAGAUGGCUAGGAUUGAAAGUGAGGUGGGAAAAGAUAAAUUCAAGAAGGGAAUGUAUAAGGAGGCUUGCAAGAUCUUCAAAAGGCAGUGCACUGCUCCAACACUGGAUGAUUUUCUGACCCUGGAUGCCUACAAUUACAUAGUCAUACAACACCCCAAGGGACCAGCAAAGCUUUGAAUUUUGAAAUGCUUCAUUAUGUCUAAUAGUUUGCUGUUAGUUUGGAUGGUGUCUUAUACUCUUAUGUAAGACGUUAAUUCAGUCUUUAUAUUUUCAUUAUAUUUAUGUACACAAGAAACAGGCUCCACCUAGUGGGAUAAGGUUUUGUUGUUU